AAUGGACACGCUAAGAUUGAGUGCACCUCAAGUCGACUUUGAAUAUAGUAAGUUAGACAAUAUGCAUUCCUCAAUCACUUUAUACAAUGACACUCAACAUCCGAUAGCCUAUAAAGUAUAUUAUUAUCUGAUCAUGCUCAUUAGUUUAAAGCUACGAAUCUCAACAUUUUUUUGGUCAGGCCACCUUUGGGAAUUGUAUCACCUAGACAGAGCUAAUAAGUCAAUAUUACACUUCAUAGCAAAGUCCUUGAAAAUAACUCCAUCAAAGAGUUUAAUGAAAAAUUGUAAUUGAUUACAACCAUCAUGCCUCAAGGAGUUCAAGAUGCUGGACCCAUCUUCUUGGAUAGAACGAGAAGAUUUGAAAAAUAGAGAAUUAACAUAGCUAUUCUCACCAAGGAUAGAAAGAUCGUUGCUCAAAGUCAAGGAAAUUAAAGUCAAAUGUUCUAAUCAGUUAAUAAAUAAUUUGGAUAGGUAGAACCUACUAGAGUCAUUGCUAUUCCUACUGCUGACAAGGCUAAAGUUGAAGCAGAAUACUUUUGCAAUAAAUUUGAAGUAUUACAACAGGAAGUCACUAAGAAGGAACAGGAAUUGGUAUUUAUUAUUCUCUAAUACGAUAGCAAGAUGUUUAAAAGUUUAAUACUAGUUUGAUUGAAAGAACUAGCACUAAACCAAAAUCCGGAAAGUUGGAUAAGCUCAUUUUCCUAAUUUCCUUCAUUCUGUCUUUUUUAUUAAGUUUGCAUUACCAAAAUCAAAUUUUAUCAGUAAUCAAGUUAUGA